AUGUGGCCUUACCCCAUGUGGCCGCAAUGGCCCCAGACAAUGCCUGGGACUAUUGAAGAGACUAAUCAUUGGGCUCAGCUUGCACGCCAGUGGGCUGCGGCUAAUACCAACCAGCAGCAACACUUUUGGCAACAGCAAGCCCCCCCGCCUCCACCUCCUCCCCCUCCUCCUCCGCCGCCGCCACCGCCGAGAUCCCAUGAUGCUGAUCCGCCCGCCACCAUGGGCGAGGAUCAGGACGACCGGGUUGCCCCAGCACCCCCACCUCCUCCUCCACCUCCUUCCGAUGAUGGUGAUAAGCACCACGAUCAAGACGAGCGUGGUCCGGUCCACCCUGCCUCGUUACCUCCCCAGGAUUAUCGAAGCUUUCCGCAAGAAAACAUCGAUUCUGAUUACCGCCCCUCCCUACCUAGUGGCUCCGCAUUUAAGAACGCAACCGGUGGUGGUGGGGGAUACAUUGGACCCCCUCCUUGGUCGGAUGAUCCGCCUCCCGAGUUCCCUCCUGCAUACUAUCCGCCCACUGAGAGGUCCUACUCAGAGCGUGCUUCGGUGUUGCCCCCUCAUCGCGACUAUCAUCAUCCCCACUACAAUCAACCACCCCCGUGCACCGAUUACCCUCGACCACCGCCCCCAGCGCCCUACUCAAACAAGAACUUCAUCGUCUACGACGCUAACGGAGACUUCAGUGAGAUGCCACCAGAUCAGGAGUGGAGCUACCAUCACAGGUCAUCGGGCGAUUUCGGAAUGCCGCCACCACCAGCACCCCCGCCGCCGCCGACGGCUUCCGUGGCGCUUUUUCCCACCGGCGACUGUCCACGCGCCCACUUCUCUCGCCACCACCCGCCACCGCGUCGACACCUCCCCCCGCCUCCCGCCUCCUCCAUCCCCGAGCACGUGAUGCCCGCAUUCCACGAGGCGGCAGCCAGCACCGGGGUUUGGCCGCCCAAGGAGAGCGCCACGUCUGCCGCGGCGCGUCGCAAGACUCUGCCCGCGUGGCUGCGCGACGAACUCGAACGCCUGGAGCGACAAAAGCGGAAGCAACAGCAGAAGCUGGAGGCUGAGGACGCCUUCAAAGAGCUUCAAGGCGGUGGCAGUCCAUACACCGGGAAGGAGAUCCGACGCGAUGCCGACGGAGCAGUCGUGAUGGAGGAAGAGGGAGAUGAUGACGAAGAUGACGGGGAUAAUUUAGGUAAAGUUAAAGCCAAAAGUCCAUCGCCUCGUGGCGACGUCUUCCCUCUUAGUGGUUCGCCAUCACGGCCACCUCUUCCAAACCGCUCGACUGCUGGACCGCUGAACGCGGAAGAGCCCGAAACCAUCACAGAGGCCGAGUACCUCGCGGUCUGUGCACGCCUUCCUGAGUCUGUCCGAUUUAACGAAUUGAAUCGAUGUAUUACCCGGGUGCUGACAGACGUCCUGCUUGACGUGACAACGGCCUAUGUUCUCGACGUCGCCGAGGAAUCGUACCAUGAGGCUAGCGACACCGUAGCUUCUUCUAUUCCUAUGAAGCCGUCCAUUGACGACGACGACGCCUCCAACACUGAAUCGAGCAGUGACAACGAAGGUGCUAGUGCCGCCGUUCUGGGUCUGGAUGCCUACGCCAGCGACAGCGAUUCCGAAACCGCCGACGUGGACCCCAAACCCGUCCGGGAAGGGGAAAAGCAGGAGACAAACAAGGAGCCUGCGGUUAAGUCCCCCGACAAAAUGGAUCCGGUAAAAAGUAAGGGGGAAGAGAAGGCUCUAGAAGCGGGCGCCAAAGAAGACCCCAAUAAAGCGUGGAAAACUGUUCCACCACCAUUGUCGUCGUCUCCUUCCCCUCCAAAUCCUUCCCCGCCAGAUACUAAGCGUGAAUGCAAACCGACAGAAAACAAAGAUAAACGCUCGUCUGAGAAACGGUCCUCGUACAGGCCCAAGUCAUCGGAUAGGAAGGCUGUCGAUAGCAAAGAUGACGAUGGAAAAUUGGCAAAGGGCAGCCGAGAACGCCUCUCGCCAGAGCGAAGCCGGAGUUCCCUGAAGCAUGCUAAAGCAGACAGCGACAAGCCAACAACCAGUCGUAGUCGGAAUCGCGAGCGUGAGCGCAGGCAUUCGAAAAGCCGCAGUCGUCAAAGCCGAGGAGAACGUCGACGCUCGAGUAGCCGCCGUCAUCGUCGUCGUCGUUCUAGCAGCAGCAGCAGGAACCGUUCGAAGUCGACGUCGUCGACACCGUCGAUCCUCCUCCUCCACCUCACCAUCCUCUUCCACGACCUCCUCUUCCUCCCGCGUGCGCUCAAAAAGGCAACGGCGCAAGUUUGGCCACUAUCUCUAACUUCCGGCGUCGCUCGUGUAAAUGCCCAUCGCCUGUAUUUCAACAUCUGCUACACAUCCUGA